AGGGUCGAAGAUCCAACAAAGAUCAGCGGGGAGAAGACUGAAGAAGACUCAACUCUUCCAGAGACUUUGACAGACUUUCAGAAAGCUGUGUUUUAUUUUACAAAUCAGUGACUGAAAGUUCUCACAAUGAGAAUAAAUAUCUUGGCAUUCUUGGUUCUUGGAGCCUGUACUUUAAGUGCAUGGUGCCACCCAGUUAAAUCCGUCUUUGUGACAUUCCCUGGGGAUAUCACCGAAAACAAGACAGACGUACAGCUGGCUGACAGCUACCUCAAGCGCUUUGGUUAUAUGGAGUCUCUGGGUAAGAGUGGACGACUGGGUGCAGUGUCAAUUUCCAAAGCUCUGAUGAGGAUGCAGAAUCAGCUGGGUUUGGAAGAGACUGGCGAGUUGGAUGAACCGACGCUCAAUGCCAUGAAGAAGCCACGCUGUGGUGUGCCAGACGUCCGUAACUACAAAACAUUUGAAGGAAACCUAAAGUGGGAUCACAAUGAUGUUACAUACAGGAUUCUGAACUACUCACCAGACUUAGAUGCUUCUAUUACUGAUGACGCCUUCGCCCGAGCCUUCAAGGUGUGGAGUGAUGUCACACCCCUAACUUUCACACGACUCUACGAUGGCACUGCUGACAUCAUGAUCUCAUUUGGAAAAAAGGAUCAUGGAGAUCCCUACCCAUUUGAUGGGAAAGAUGGCUUGCUGGCACAUGCUUAUCCUCCAGGUGAAGGAGUGCAGGGAGAUGCUCACUUUGAUGAUGAUGAAUACUGGACCCUUGGCACUGGAUCAGUAAUCAAGACCUACUUUGGCAAUGCAGAAGGUGCACUGUGUCAUUUCCCUUUCCGGUUUGAGGGAAAGUCAUAUUCCACUUGUACCACUGAAGGUCGUGAAGAUGGACUGCCAUGGUGUGCCACAACUUCUGAUUAUGGCAAAGAUGGGAAAUUUGGUUUCUGCCCUAGCGAGCUUCUGUAUACAUAUGAUGGGAAUGCAGAUAGUGCACCUUGCGUCUUUCCGUUUGUGUUUGAGGGCAAAAGAUACACCAGCUGUACCACUGAAGGUCGUGAUGAUGGCUAUCGCUGGUGUGCUACUACAGACAACUUUGACCAGGACAAGAAAUAUGGGUUCUGUCCUAACCGAGAUACUGCUGUGAUUGGUGGAAACUCUGAGGGGGAGCCGUGUCAGUUUCCUUUCAUCUUCCUGGGGAAAACCUAUACUUCCUGUACGAGUGAAGGCCGGAGUGAUGGAAAACUGUGGUGCGCCACAACCAGCAACUUUGACCAGGACAACAAAUGGGGAUUUUGCCCAGAUAAGGGAUACAGUCUGUUCCUGGUGGCAGCUCAUGAGUUUGGACAUGCUCUUGGUCUGGACCAUUCCAACAUUCAGGACGCUCUGAUGUACCCCAUGUACAAAUACGUAGCGGAUUUCUCUCUGCAUAAAGAUGACAUUAAGGGCAUUCAGUAUCUCUAUGGACCCAAAAGAGGCCCAGGACCUGCUCCACCCAAGCCACCCAAGACCACUACAUCUUCCCCAGUUUCUAUUCCCAAACCCACUAAAAAAACACCAAAGAAAACCACUAUAACUUCCCCUACAAUCCCAUCUGUGUAUACGCCUGUGAAUCCCUCAGUGGAUCCUUGCAAUGUGGACAAAUUUGAUGCAAUCACACAGAUCCAGGGAGAGCUUCACUUCUUUAAAGAUGGGUACUACUGGACAUCCUCAAAUGGUGGUAACAGGAAGCGCAAAGGCCCUUUCAAGGUCUCUGAGAGAUGGCCUGGCCUGCCAGCUAAGCUCGACAGUGCUUUUGAGGACUCUCUUAAUAAAAAGAUGUACUUCUUUGCUGGCACUAAGUUCUGGGAGUUCACUGGAAAGGAUACACGGGGACCACGCAUAAUUGAGAAACUUGGUUUGCCUGACAGCUUGAAGAAGGUUGAAGGAGCAUUGCAGAUGGGAAAGGGCAAGGUGCUGCUUUUUAGUGGCGAGAAUUACUGGAGGCUGAAUCUGAAGACUCAGAAGAUGGAUAAAGGAUACCCUCAGCACGUUGCCGACAAGUUUGGUGGGGUUCCAUUGGAUGCUCAGGAUGUGUUCCUCUAUAAAGGAGACUAUUUCUUCUGUAGAGACAUCUACUACUGGAGAAUGAGCAACAAGGGACAGAUUGAAAAAAUUGGAUAUGUCUUCGAACUCCUGAAAUGUCCCAACUUCUGAGGAUUUCAUCAAACUGUAGUGUUAGAAGAGAAGCACAAUUACUGACAUGCAAAUCUCAGAUGUGUGUUUUAAAAAGAACAUAUGUGUGUUUUUAAAAGAGUAGAAAGAGUAUUAUCAUAAAGAAAAUCUUUAAGUUAUAUUAAGAAAUCCUUGCCUGGCAACUGAUAACUUAAGAAUAUAUAU